ACAAAUGUGAAUCAGCGCCGGUCAGCACCCGUCUUUGGCUGCUGGAGAAGCAGUUUAAGGGAGCCUCCGUUCUCAUUCACAAGGCCGGAGUCCUACCCAAGGAGUUCCAGCGCGUCUGGAGUGGUCAGAAGCUGCUGGACGCUGUGACCCAGUUCAUCGGCGGCGACAUCGCCGGCCACCCAGUGUGGAACCUGCGCUCCAAGACGCCGCACACGGAGCAAGCCACCGUGCCCUGGCACCAGGACAACGCCUAUCUGGACCCGGAGUGCGAAAACACGCUUCAGGUCACCGCUUGGAUUCCGCUGGUCGACGCAAAUCAGACAAACGGAUGCAUCCAGGUCCUACGCGGUGGACACAGGUCCGGCGUUACAGCCAAGCACACGUGCUGCGCCGGCGAUACGUGGUACGUGCAGUGUGACAUGAACGAUAUGGAGCAUACUCUCGGUGUAAACGAAAGUGACGUUGUGACCUGCGAGAUGCCGAGAGGUGGUGUACUGUUUAUGAACAAUGCCAUCCCGCAUCGCAGCACGGAGAACCUGAGCGAAGCUAUUCGCUGGAGCUUGGACCUGCGCUGGCAAGACCCGGCCAAGCCACAUGGCUUUCACAACCUCAAGGAUCCGGUGACAAUGCGCCUAGCCAAUCAGCCAGGCUAUCAGAUGGACUGGACCACGUUUGCCGGUAUUGAUCGCACAAAGCUGCAGCUGGAGCAGGCGUCUGAGGAGGCUCAAGAUUACUUUGAAACGACCAUAGCUGGCCCGUGGAUGGAGCGCUGGGAGAUUACACAUCCCAACCGGCACACUAAUGCCCUGAACGCAGGCGGCCUCACUGGCUGGCACUCCAAGGCGUAGAGAUUAAACGUUACUUUGCGAUUUCUCUCUCUCUCUCUCUCUCUCUCUCUCUCUCUAUUUCUCUCUCUCCUUGUUCCUCUCUGUCUGUCUAUCUGUCUCCGUUGCUGUGUGUUGUGCACAUGUGGCAUACGUCAAGGUGUCUAGAAACCGUGGCUAAAUCACUAUUGUCUUUGCGCGCACGACAGGUUGUGACUGCCGAUGGCCGUCCCCAUCUCCUAUACUCCAUUUGUUGAAGACGUUUACCAUGAACCAUGCAUACCCUAUCACCUUAUACUAUUCACAAUUCUAUCAUCUUUUUUCCUUCCUCUUUGUUCAUGGGAAGUGUACUCAUGUACAAUGUAUGGCCCUUCGGACUGUGAGUUUGAUUCUUUUGGCAAACACAGAGCGUGUGACUGAAUAGUCACUUUGAUUUCAAGAGCACUUUUUUUAAGUUUUUUAUUGAUUUUGAACUUAGAAUAACGUCAGUUCCAGGCACGGAUAUUUUCAUCUGAUAGCUAGGCAGGUGAUAUACGACGUAGUUAUAUUUUUAUAAUUGUUCUUCUUUUCUCUUAUUCACAUUCGCCCUACGCUUGCUGGUUCAAGUCUGUCUCCUCCGUUUCACCCCUCGUUCAAUUGCCUGCUCUCGGAAUAUUUACGAUUUCACUAGUACUGCGAAUGAUAAGGUAAUGGUUUACAGCACUAUUUUUUAAAUCUUUUAAAGAAAUAGUUUUGCCCUGUA